GAGACACAGAGAUAGAGAGAGAGAGAGAGAGGGAGAGGAGAAGAGUAGCUGCUACUCCAAUAUACAUUUUGUUCCACUUCCCCUAUCCUCUCUAUAUAUUCAAAGCUCCUGCUCGAGCUCAAAGGCAAAGCAAGAACCUCCCCCUACCCACGAAUCUUCGAGAUCUCGAGGUCAACCCCGUCAUUUCACCCCUACCCCCCCUCCUCCUCUGCUUUUUCUAUUUCUUCCCUCUCUGCUUCUCCUCUCUGCCCAGAAGAGAACUCCGGGUUCUUGCAUUGCGAGGGGAGAGAGGUUUGUUUGGCGUGACUUCUUUCGUGGCUACUUUUUGUUUCUCGCUUGUUUGCUGUCGGGGAAGAAAGAAAAGAAAAUGGAGAGGAACACGCCGGUGAGGAAGCCUCACACUUCGACUUCAGAUCUGCUCACGUGGUCCGAGACUCCUCCUCCCCACGAUUCGGUCGCGCCCGGCUCGGCUUCUUCUCGCUCCAAUGCUCGGUCUCACCAGCCUUCGGAUGGGAUCAGCAAGGUGGUGUUUGGAGGUCAAGUGACUGAUGAGGAAGCUGAGGAUUUGAACAAAAGGAAACCUUGUUCUGGCUACAAGAUGAAAGAAAUUACUGGUAGUGGGAUUUUUGCUGCCAAUGGGGAGGAUGAUUCACUACAACCUGGAAGUGCUAACCCUGCUUCAAAUAACAAAACUGGAAUAAGGAUGUACCAGCAAGCCCUUGCUGGCAUCAGUCACAUCUCGUUUGCUGAAGAAGAAAGCGUUUCUCCCAAGAAGCCUACCACUCUUCCUGAGGUUGCAAAGCAGCGAGAACUGAGUGGAACGUUGGAAAGCGAGUCCGACAUGAAGUUAAAAAAGCAAAUAUCUGAUGCCAAGUGCAAGGAAUUGAGUGGACAUGAUAUUUUUGCUCCUCCUCCAGAAAUUUUGCCAAGGCCACUGGCUGCACGGGCAUUGGACACGAAUCAAGACAUGGGAGAACCUGCACCGCGUCAUGUCCGGACUUCUGUUAAAGUCUCUAAUCCUGCUGGAGGUCAGAGCAGUAUUACCUCCAAUGAGGAUCCUGUGAUGAAAACUGCCAAGAAAAUCUAUGACAAGAAAUUCUCCGAGCUAUCUGGAAACAACGUCUUCAAGGGUGAUGCGCCUCCUACGUCUGCGGAGAAAUCACUGAGCUCAGCUAAAAUGAGAGAGAUUAGUGGCAACGACAUCUUUGCCGAUGGAAAGGCAGAGUCUAGAGACUACUUCGGUGGCGUUCGCAAGCCUCCAGGUGGCGAGAGCAGCAUUGCGUUGGUGUAACCAAGCUUAGGCCUAACAGUUUUAUGUUUCAAAUUGUGUUAUUCCUAGUGGGAUUUGGUCUCAUUUGACACUUCCGGAGUGUGGGGGUUUGGGAAUUGUGUUUCAGCUCUGAACUUAUUGACUAGAUGUACGAACUGUUUGCGGACCGGUGUGUUUAUAGCAUUGGUUUCUUCAGAUUCAGAGGAGAUUUCAAACUGAUUUGUGCUUCAAAUUGAUUUCUCUGGUUCUUUUCCAGUGGAAGUGUCUAAUAGAUCAAUGGUUUUCUAAAA